AAGGUGGUUAAAGGCAGCUCAGCGCAGAAAGGAGCAGUGGCAGGUCAUACCAGAGACAUCCAGACACAGACAAACAUCCACGAGCACGAUGUUGGCUAGAUCCUUCUUAAAGAACACCACCAGAUGCACGCUAGCCUCGACGAGAGCGUUCCACAUCUCGGCGCCAGCCAAGGUCGACGUGGACGCAGAAGUCAAGUGCCGUGAGCUGCUAGAUAAGCUUCCUACCUUCGAGUUUCUCUUCCAGAACGAGGACGGGUCGAAGAGAACGCCAUCCGAUACCGAGUUGAAGACCAUUGCAUACUUGAACACCUACUCGAAGGAGAGAAAGCUGUCUCUCUUUGAGCAGUUGUUUACCUUCCCUAAGCGGUACGAGGACCUGUACCUGAAGAACGACGCCGACCUCUACAAGUUGAAGGCGUCGUCGGGACUCAUCAUUGACAAGAUCCCUUACGAGGACACGGCCACGGGCGAGAUCAAGUGGAAGGUUGUCAGAGACGGCGAGGAGAAGGAGGGGUGGGAGAACCUGGCGCACAUCCUCUUUGUUCCUGCGUUCGUCUUCCUUGCGGUCAGCGUCUUCUUCAGAGACGACAUGGACAUCACCGAAUGGGCCAAGAGAGAGUUGCUCUACAGAGUCAAGGCCAAGGCCCAGGACGAAAACGACACAGCGGUCUUGGACACCUUCAAGAAAUACGGUGACGACCCAACAAGCUACAAGUUCGACCUCGCCGGCUUCGACAAGAACGACGACGUCAUUGUGGAGAGAAUCCUCUCCGGCGAGUACGACAAGUUGGCCAAGUUGAAGGUGAAACAGGCCAAGGUCGACGCUUAGAUUCCGCCCGUUCGCUUAGCCACCACCUCACUUUUCCAUCCAUUCAUAUUCCAUUUCUUCUGCCAGUUUUUAUCUCCCCUUUUUUACUUCUUGUUACAGCCGACGACAGCACGGC